UACUCGUCGAGAGUACACGCUUCUUCUCAGUCGAUUACCAGAUUUCAUCCACGCUAAUUCUAUUGAGAGGUGCUCGAGUGAGACCACAAAACAUUGCAUUAAAUCCCAUAGUAUUAGAGUCUUUACUACCAGAAAGUGAAAUAGCGGUGUUUAUAUAACUUCAAACUUGAUUACACCGGUUGUUCCUAAAGUUGGUUUACCGUGCAGCCGACUGUCAUAUGCCUUCUGCAGAUUAGAGUGGAGGUGGGGGCCUUCAUUCAUUUAUCUGCAUGUGUGUUACUAAAAAAAUAAAAUUUAGUAUUAUUUAAGUUUUGGGAACACUGGUAACAGUAGUGACUAAUAAUCUUAGAUUCUCAGUUAUCAUUUAGUGACGUAACGAACGGGUGCCACCGUAGUUCGCGCGAAGUUUAAACAGUUGAACGAAGCGGUUGCAAUCAAGAUAAGCGAGCUUUUGCCGCAAUAUCCAGGUGUGAGAAAAGCCAAGAUAAACCGGCACCAUGAUGCAAGUGAGCACAAUGUACGCCCAAUCUCUGGAGCGUCAGUUAGUUUCGAGGCGUUCUCAACUCAUCCACAACCUCUCCCGCUCUAGCUGUGUUCAGGCGGAACCGAUGCGACAAGCUGCCGACGCCCCAACGUUGGACCCACUACCCCCUCUGCCGCCACCUCACAGCAAGCAGGAAGGUCUUCACAUCGGUGACGUCGACCCAAAGGAGUGUACCGACCGUCUGUGUCGCCUGCCGUCACAACACCGAGGAGGACACAUGUUAGGUUCGCCCCGACGACAUAACGCGGCGACGGCUGUGGUGUCCGCGGCGCGCCUCACGCAGUCUACCGGCAACCUCACCGUGCACUCCGACCUCUCCCUCCUCAGGAAGAAAGAUGACCACCCAUUAUCCCUGUCCGCCCCUCAUUCCCCAGUCCUUGACAAAAAAGCAGCGAAGAAAGCAAAGGAGAAACAAGAGAAAGAGGCCAAAAAGAUGCCUUCUAACUUCAUGCUGCUGACGCCAUGGUUCACCAGACAGAACUCUGAGAAACUACUGUCGCAGGUCCGCUCUGGCGAUAUCCUAGAGUUCAAUAUUAAACUUCAUCACCACUGGGGUAUCGCCAUCGUGCCCAAAAAUAAAAAGCCUAGUUUGGCGACGCUAGAGUUGGCGCAUCUGCUCAGGGAUAAGGACGGGCGCCAAAGGGCUGUCCGGCAGCCCCUGAAGGACUACUGGCACGAGGGCGUCACCGCCAGGGUCAACAAUUCCAGGGAUGUGCACAAGCCACCUAUGGCCGCGGGCGAGGUCACCUCAGCAGCUCUGAAGCUGAUCGUGCAGCCUUACCGCGUGUGGCAGAACUCUGAACAGAUGGUGGUGUCGUGUCGCUAUGGUGACGGCCAGCGAGCACGUCAGCUGAGCGACGCUGCCAGGUGGGGCUCGCUGAGCAGGUGUGUGGGACUGUGGCUGACCCUUACUUCCUCCACACAUACGUCUCCCACGGGUUCCCCUGGACCUCUCCGGAAGAGAACAGUGUCAGUGAACUUCUGAGGUAGUGAGCGCGUUGCCGUGCUUGACAUCGACUAAUUUUAGAUAUUAUUUUUAGAGGGAAAGUUGUUAUGAAGAUUUUAGAGUACUGUAUUAUUAUUAUUUUUUUUUUUUUAAUAGAAUUUAUUUAAAGUGUUGUACAGAUAGAUUAUAUUUUGAUUUAUUACGUAUUGCA